AUGGGACAGGAUGCUUUCAUGGAGUCCUUCAGCAGCACGGUUGGGAUCUUUCAGUGCAAAAUAUACCUCCUUCUCUUAGAUAUUGUAGUAAACUGUCAGCUCUACUUCAUUUUGAGUUACCUAUCACAAAAUGCAGAAAAGGUGUGGAGAGCAGGCGCUUGCUUGGGGCUGAAAGUGACAGUGCCAUCACGCACCGUUCAUGGCAUCAGGGGUCAGGCCCUCUACCUCCCCGUGCACUAUGGAUUCCACACUCCGGCAUCAGACAUCCAGAUCAUAUGGCUGUUUGAGAGACCCCACACAAUGCCCAAAUAUUUACUGGGCUCUGUGAAUGAGUCUGUGGUUCCCGACUUGGAAUACCAACACAAGUUCACCAUGAUGCCACCCAAUGCAUCUCUGCUCAUCAACCCACUACAGUUCACUGAUGAAGGCAAUUACAUCGUGAAGGUCAACAUUCAGGGAAAUGGAACUCUCUCAGCCAGUCAGAAGAUACAAGUCACUGUUGAUGAUCCUGUCACAAAGCCAGUGGUACAGAUUCAGCCUUCCUCUGGCUCUGUGGAGUAUGUGGGGAACAUGACCCUGACAUGCCUCGUGGAAGAGGGCACCCGGGUGGCUUACCAGUGGCUAAAAAACAAAAGACCUGUCCAUACCAGCUCUACCACCUCCUUUUCUCUCCAAAACAACACCCUUCAUAUUGCUCCAGUGACCAAAGAAGACAUCGGGAAUUACACUUGCCUGGUGAAGAAUCCUGUCAGUGAGAUGGAAAGUGACAUCAUUAUGCCUACCAUAUAUUAUGGACCUUAUGGACUUCAAGUUAAUUCUGACAAAGGGCUAAAAGUAGGGGAAGUGUUUACUGUUGACACUGGAGAAGCCAUCUUGUUUUACUGUUCUGCUGAUUCUUACCCCCCCAACACCUACUCCUGGAUCCGGAGGACUGACAAUACAACAUAUGUCAUCAAGCAUGGACCUCGCUUGGAAGUUACAUCUGAGAAAGUAGCCCAGAAGCCAACUGAUUAUGUGUGCUGUGCUUACAACAAUGUAACUGGACGGCGAGAUGAAGCUCAUUUCACAGUCAUCAUCACUUCUGUAGGACUCGAGAAGCUUGCACAAAAGGGGAAAUCAUUGUCCCCUUUAGCAAGUAUAACCGGAAUAUCACUCUUUUUAAUUAUAUCCAUGUGUCUUCUCUUCCUAUGGAAAAAAUAUCAACCCUAUAAAGUUAUAAAACAGAAGCUAGAAGGCAGACCAGAAACAGAAUACAGGAAAGCUCAAACAUUUUCAGGCCAUGAAGAUGCUCUGGAAGACUUCGGAAUAUAUGAAUUUGUUGCUUUUCCAGAUGCUGCUGGUGUUCUCAGGAUGCCAAGCAGGUCUGUUCCAGCCUCUGAUGGUGUAUCAGGACAAGAUUUGAACAGUACCAUUUACGAAGUCAUUCAGCACAUCCCUGCCCAACAGCACAACUGUCCAGAGUAA